AUGUCCGGUCUCAAGGGGAAAGUAGUAGUCCUUACCGGUGCAGCAAGCGGCAUGGGUCUCGAAACCGCGAAGCUUUUGGCAUCGAAGGGCGUGAAGCUGUCAAUGGCAGAUGUACAAGAGGGCCCGCUGAAGGAGCUCCAAGCCGAACUUGAGAAAUCCGGUGCCGAAGUGAUGGCCACUGUCGUCAACGUCACAGAUCGCAAAUCGGUGGAGGAGUGGAUCAAAGCAACGGUUGACAAGUUUGGAAAACUAGAUGGUGCAGCCAACCUUGCUGGUGUCAUUGGCAAGCAAAACAACGUAGCAGCAUUGCAAGAUAUCGAUGAUGACGACUGGGAUUUCGUGCUUGGAGUGAACACGAAAGGACUCCUGAAUUGCUUGCGAGCCCAGAUUCCAUACUUCAACGACGGUGGCUCCAUCGUGAAUGCUGCAAGUGUAGCUGGCUUAAUCGGCUUUAAGAAUAAUGGAUCCUACGUCGCGUCAAAGCAUGCCGUCGUUGGUCUGACAAGGACGGCUGCGAAAGAGCUAGGGGACAGACAAAUCAGGUGUAACUGCUUCUGUCCAGGUCCGAUCGAUACGCCCAUGUUCCGUCAGUCUGCUGCAAUCAGGGGCAGUAAACUGAAUCUGGAUCACAUUGCUCUCAAGCGGGCAGCACACCCGUCGGAAGCUGCAAAUUUGGUGGAGUGGUUGCUGUCGCCAGGCUCGUCGUUCAUCACGGGAACAGCCCAGACCAUUGAUGGAGGAUGGUUGUGUUGA